AUGUCAUCAAUUUACGUAUCAGAGCCACCAACAAAAGGCAAAGUGAUACUAAACACAACGUAUGGUCCUUUAGACAUCGAGCUCUGGCCUAAAGAAGCACCAAAAGCUGUUAGAAACUUUGUACAACUCUGCCUCGAAGGUUACUAUGAUAACACCAUCUUUCAUCGAAUAAUUAAAAGCUUUCUUGUUCAAGGCGGCGACCCUACUGGCACUGGCACAGGUGGUGAAAGUAUAUAUGGAAAUGUUUUUGCGGAUGAGUAUCAUUCGCGUCUGAGAUUUAAACAUAGAGGGUUAGUUGCAUGUGCAAAUGCGGGUAGGCCACAUUCAAAUGGGAGCCAGUUUUUUAUCACCUUGGAAAGGUGUGAAUGGCUUGACAAGAAGAAUACUAUUUUUGGAAAGGUUACUGGGGAUUCAGUAUAUAAUCUUCUGUCUCUUGGGGAGGUUGAAACUAACAAGCAUGAUGAUCGGCCAUUAGAUCCACCUCCAAGAAUAACAUCAGUUGAGGUACUAUGGAACCCUUUUGAAGAUAUCAUUCCAAGGGUAACUUCCAAGCCCUCAAAUGAAUCUGCAACUGAAACUGAAAAUAAAGAUUCAAAGAAGAAAGUUGUGAAAAAGCUGAAUUUGCUUUCUUUUGGAGAAGAAGCUGAAGAAGAGGAGAAGGAAUUGGCAGCCGUUAAGCAAAAGAUCAAGAGUAGUCAUGACGUAUUGAAUGAUCCUCGUCUCCUAAGAGAAGAAAAUCCAAGUAAAGAAUCGGUGUUUGAAUCAAUGCAGAACUAUCCUGAAGGUAAAAAAACCAGGGAUAUUCAGUUAUCCGUGAAAGAAGCUCUAAGCUCAAAGAAAGGCACUUUGAAAGAGGCUCCAAGCUCGACGAAAGAAGCAUCGCGGAGAGAUUCAGGAGCUGAAUCAUCUAACAGCGAUGAUGAUGAAGAAGAUGAGGCCAUUUUUGAUGCACGAAUGCGCCAGCAAAUACUUCAAAAAGAAAGGAGCUUGGGGAUGUUCCACCCAAGCCAAAGCAAAAUGGUACCAUCCAAUGCUGAAAGCACUGAUGAUGAACAACCAAAGGUAGAAAAAUUGUCAUUGAAGAAAAAGGGAAUAGGGUCAGAAGCCAGGACUGAACGCAUGGCUAAUGCAGAUGCAGACCUGCAGUUGUUGGGUGAAACCGAACGAGGAAGACUAUUGAAGAAACAGAAGAAGCGCCGACUUCAAGGACGUGAAGAUGAUGUUUUAGCAAAACUUGAAAAGUUUAGGAAGACCCUCUCUACAAAAGCUGAUGCCUCAAACAGCGAAUCUGCAGUUGCUGAUAAUGAGGAUUUGUCAGACUGGAGCACUGUCCGCCUAGCAUUUGCACCUGAACGUGGCAAGGAUGGUAUGUCUCGCAAAGAGGAUCCAAAUGACUAUGUUGUGCAGGACCCCCUUUUGGAGAAGGGGAAAGAGAAAUUUAACCGGAUGCAAGCGAAGCAAAAGAGACGAGAACGGGAAUGGGCUGGCAAAUCCCUUGCUUAG